AACUCACUUCCUCGGUUACACGUUUUUGGCUGCCAUUCUCCUCUUCUUCUCUCCCCUUCUGCAACCCUAGUCUGCCAUAUCACUCUCCUCUCCGUCAAUCUUCAUAAGACAAUCUCACCACCAUUCACAUUCACAUUUUCUCUUCCUCUCCUCUUCUGCAUUUCAACAUCAAUUUCAGUUCACACGCGACUCGUGGCCCUCGGCAUCAAUUUCAGCAGGAGCACAGAAGAAAAACUCAAUUAUAGGAGGCAAAAAACAAUACCAACAAAAGAAGAAGAAGAAGGAGAAGAAGAAGAAGAAGAAGAAGAAGGCAACUAAGGACCAAAAAAAUAGAGGAAAGAAUGGAUUCAUCGGCUUCUGUUCCACAAGCCAAUGCCCAGUCAUCUGCUUCAACUGUACCUCAGUCCAUUCCCUUUUCCCUUCAUCCUCCUUCAAGUUCUACAAAGACUUUAUCUUCGUCUCCUAACUUGGGCCCAUCAACUUCACACAUACCCAUCAAUACUCCUUUUCUUGUGCCUCCUGGGUCAGCUGGAACUCCUGGACCCUCUGGAUUGGCGUCAUGUGCUUCAAUGACUCUUCCAUCUGUAGCUGUUGAUUCUGCCUCAUCUUCAGUUCAGAGACCUAUCAUGCUCGCUACUACUAAUGCUCCAAAUCCUGUAGUUCAGCAACAAAAUUACGCUCCUUAUCCAUCUUUACCUGCUAUGGCUGCUUCCCCUCAGGGACUCUGGUUUCAGCCCCCACAGAUUGGUGGCAUGCCCAGGCCACCAUUUAUGCCGUAUCCUACUGUUUUUACUGGAUCCUUUCCGUUGCCAGCACAUGCCAUCUCUCGCCCUUCUUUCCCGUUGCCUGAUUCUCAACCUCCUGGUGUUACGCCUGUUGGAACUGUAGGUGCAAAUCUUCCGUCUUCUUCUGCUUCAGGUCAUCAGUUUAUUGGCACUCCAGAGAUGCAGAAAGAAUUACCUCCUCCUGGAAUUGAUGAGAAGGAUCAUAUCCAUGACAUUGGCUCCAAAGACAAUACUGCUAACAACGAACCAUUAGAUUCUUGGACUGCCCACAGGACUGAAGCAGGACUACUUUACUAUUAUAAUGCUUCAACAGGAGAGUCGACUUAUAAGAAACCUGCCGGCUUUAAGGGGGAGAUGGAGAAGGUUCCCAUGCAGCCAACUCCAUUUUCAAUGGAGAAUUUGGCUGGUACUGACUGGGCCUUGAUCACAACAAAUGAUGGAAAAAAAUAUUACUACAACAGCAAAACUAAGUUGAGCAGCUGGCAGAUCCCAAGUGAAGUGAUGGAACUGAAAAAGAAGCAGGAAGCUGAAGUAUCAAGAGAACAUGAAUUGUCACGCACUAAUGUCUUGACUGAAAAAGGAUCUGCUCCAAUUAGUCUGAGUGCUUCUGCUGUUAGCACAGGUGGCCGUGAGGCCAUAGCUCUUAGAGCGUCAAGUGCACCAGGAGCAUCAUCUGCAUUGGAUUUGAUAAAAAAAAAGCUGCAAGAUUCAGGAACUCCUGUAACUUCUUCCCCUUCAACAGUUUCAUUAGGAUUAGCAACAGCAGAAUCAAAUGGCUCUAGAGCUAUUGAAGCUUCAGCUAAGGGUUUGCAAAGUGAGAAUAGCAAAGAUAAGCCAAAGGAUGCUAAUGGUGAUGGUGAUGGUAAUGUAUCGGACUCCUCUUCGGAUUCAGAGGAUGAAGACAAUGGGCCUACAAAGGAGGAGUGCACUAUCCAGUUUAAGGAGAUGCUAAAGGAGCGCGGAAUAGCGCCAUUCUCAAAAUGGGAGAAGGAGCUGCCAAAGAUAGUUUUUGAUCCUCGUUUUAAGGCUAUCCCUAGUCAUUCUGCUAGGAGGUCCUUGUUUGAGCACUAUGUUAAAACACGUGCUGAGGAGGAACGCAAGGAAAAACGAGCAGCUCAGAGGGCUGCAAUAGAGGGAUUCAAGCAGUUGCUGGCAGUAGCAUCUGAGGAUAUUGAUCAAAACACUGAUUAUCAAACUUUCAGAAAGAAGUGGGGCAGUGAUCCGCGGUUUGAGGCUGUGGACCGCAAAGAUCGAGAGCACUUAUUAAAUGAAAGAGUUAUUCUUUUGAAGAAGGCAGCACAAGAAAAGGCUCAAGCUGAACGAGCAGCAGCUGUUGCUAGUUUCAAGUCAAUGCUUCGAGACAAAGGCGAUCUAACUGUCAAUUCCCGUUGGUCCAAGGUGAAGGAAAGCCUAAGGAAUGAUCCAAGGUACAAAUCAGUAAAGCAUGAAGAUAGGGAAGUUUUAUUCAAUGAGUACAUAUCUGAGCUAAAAGCUGCAGAAGAUGAAGAAGAACGGGAGGCAAAAGUUAGAAGGGAAGAGCAGGAUAAGUUAAAGGAGAGGGAACGGGAGUUGCGCAAGCGGAAGGAAAGAGAAGAACAAGAAAUGGAAAGGGUGCGAGUAAAAGUUAGGAGGAAGGAGGCAGUUGCAUCUUUUCAAGCUUUACUUGUGGAAUCAAUUAAGGAUCCUCAGGCUUCUUGGACAGAGUCAAAGUCCAAAUUGGAGAAGGAUCCUCAAGGACGUGCAACUAACCCUGAUUUAGAUCCGUCUGAUACUGAGAGACUCUUCCGAGAACACUUAAAGAUGUUGUAUGAGCGCUGUGCACAUGAUUUUAAAUCACUGUUAGCUGAAGUCAUAAAUACUGAAGCAGCUGCCCAGAAGACAGAAAAUGGAAAAACAGUUCUUGAUUCAUGGUCAACAGCUAAACGUCUUCUAAAGUCUGAUCCCAGGUAUAACAAGAUGCCUAGAAAAGAGCGGGAAAUCUUGUGGCGACGAUAUGCAGAUGACAUGUUGCGGAAGCAAAAGACAACACUUGAUCAAAAGGAAGACAAACAUGCAGAGUUAAAGAGUAGAAGUACUACUGAUUCAGGAAGAUAUCUGUCAGGAUCAAGGCGAACACAUGAUGGAAGAUAGAUCGUCAUUUUUUGGUUAGAAAGUAGGCUCUUCUACUCAUGUAUCGAGGGGUUAGUUUCUGAUUCACUGUAUCAAGCAAGCUGAAUAGCUGAUUAUUAUUAUCAUUACUAUUUUUAUCUGCUUCUUUUUUCAUUGAAAUUUGUUAUAUCUGGACCAUAAGCAAUUAGGAAAAGAAAUAUGAAUUCUUUUACAUAA